GACGAACACUUGCUCGUCUCAGUUGCGGGAAAUCCAUCAGAGCGAUCGCACAUAACUUGUGGGGCAGAAGUUAUCUAUUCUCUUGCUUUUCGAAAAGGAUUUUUUCCACUUAAAAACGUUCUCUUUUCUCUUUCUUUUGCCUUUUCAAAUAUUUUUUUUUUCCAUUUUCGUGGGUCUCAAGACGCAUGUACAAUGGCGUCUUUAUUACCAGGAUUUGUCAUGAUGUGGUCGAUAGCCGUUAAUAACACAGAGCUAUGUAAUGAAACCAAUGGGCGUGAUGAAAACGAGACAUGGAUCGCGCCGGGCGAGAGCGUGGUCUUCUCCUCCCCGAACUUCCCUUCGAGUUACGGAAGCGACGCCAAGGACUGGGUUUUCUGCGCAGCCGACGCCGAUGGAAGGCUGGAGAUUGACUGCGGCGAGUUUGAAGUUGGCUGGAAGUUCUUUUUCUGUUUCAACGACCUUUUCUUAAUAUCAGCUGAUAGCUCUCUUAAGUUCAUGUAUUGUGGAGAAGAUGGGCCUCAGUCUGUCAUUACAACUGAACGUGGAACAGCAAUCUGUCUCAUCCCUUCGGGCACAAUCGACUCCAAGGGAUUCAACUGCACCGUCACCGCUUUCCCGCCCAGCCUGGACGAGGAGACGACGACGCCAACCAAUUAAUGCGAAGAAAUCUCCUACGUAGCUGUCUGCAUCAAAGUGUGUGCGUACAACUGCACAGGCAGAAACUUGCAGUCCUUGUUUGGGGUUUCUCUGGAGUCAGGAAAGAAUAACACUAUUCUGUGGUAAAAAUGAUGUGGAAGAACAAUUAUAUCAACCAACAACAGCGACAAAGAUUAUAUCAACAGAAAUAUGAAAUGCGUUCAGAUGAAUUCAAUAAAUGAGGCAAAACAAGGCCUUUCAACAUAAAAUGUUUCUCUGUUUAUAUAGUUAACUAUUUCUAGCUUCUUGUUGAAAAGAAAAGCUAUAGGUAUAUUGAAUUGUUAUUUAAUGUGUUUAACUAUGUUUCCUUAAACAUCCCAAAUAAAACAGUCAAUGAUCAUAAAA